GCCUCACGGAGGUUGGCUGAAGUUUUGCAAAGUGGUGUUAACCCUUCGAAAUUUGACAUUAAUUUAUCAGCUUAAGAGCUGGGUAAUGUGGAGUUCCGCAUUGGAAUUGGCAAAUUAAUUUCAAAGUUGAAGCUUCUGCUACUUAGCCGGUACUGUUUGCGUGGUUUCCUGGAAAUAACAAAAUACUCUGGCCCGUAGAAAUUCGGGAUCAUGGCGGUACCCACGGCCGGUGUUGUCGUACCACGGAACUUUCGCCUGCUCGAGGAAUUAGAACAAGGGCAAAAGGGGGUUGGCGACGGCACAAUUAGUUGGGGUUUAGAAAAUGACGACGAUAUGACCCUUACGCAUUGGACCGGUAUGAUCAUUGGACCACCUAGGACUCCAUAUGAAAAUAGAAUGUACAGUUUGAAAAUUGAAUGUGGUCAGAAAUACCCGGACGAUGCUCCUAAUGUUAGAUUUUUAACCAGAAUUAAUAUGAGCUACAUCAGUGGUACUACAGGAGCGGUGGAUAAUCGCAGUGUGCCCAUAUUAGCAAAAUGGCAACGAGAGUAUACAAUUAAAACAGUUCUUCAAGAGCUCCGUCGUCUAAUGACCCUGAAAGAUAACAUGAAGCUUUCUCAGCCACCGGAGGGCAGUACUUUUUAGCCUAACAACGUGUAAACCGUUCACCUCUUCCUUUUUAAGGUAGCACGAGGCAAGAUCUUAUCGAGGUACCAAAUAAUGUUGCGCCGGUGCCCAAUGAAGACAUACGUUAAGGAUAACCACCUUUACGAGUAAUGGGUGAAAACAGAUUGGGAGAUUGAAUUGGUAUGUUUAAUUCGGUAGAACCAGAUCCAAGGUUCCUGGAAUUAACAUGUACCAUUUCAGAAGUGCUCGCUAGCGACCGUUUUUAGAAUUUGUACAGUGAAACUCAUUCUUCGAUAAGAAUGCUGUAACGAUAGAUUUUAAAAUUCUAUUUGCUACUAUAGAUAACAUCUCACUUUCAACUGCUAAUACUUGUUAGACUACAAUACAUGUUAACGAAUUUAAAUAUACUAAUUCAAUCUCUCCAGCUUAUUACAAUAUAAAACAAGAAGUCAUAUUUUGAACCUAAAAAACUGGAAACACAGAUUGUGUAAUAAAAGAAAUAAUCAGUAAGAAAAUUUAUGCCUUUGAAGUUUUUUAAAUGGGGCAGUAAAUGCCUAUAUUGUGGUACCAGCAAUUACUUCUAUUUAUGCACCGGUACCCAAUAUGAAUUUAGAACAAUACUUCCGCUGUUGCUUACUGUAUCUUACUGUCACUGUCCUCAUUACAUCUACUUGUACGAGAUUUUACUCAAUUCUUUCGUUUCCAACUUCUUUCAAUCUUGCAUCGUGGAAAAUUGUAACAGCUGACUAAUUAAACAACAAAUUGGCAAUAUUAUCUUCAUUUUACUAAUGGAGAUAAUAUACAGUGCAUACAUUCAACUUACAAAAACAUUUGAGAAAUGUUUCCUAUCUAUAUUUACCUAUCAUGGGGUAUAUCUUAAAAGCAUCAAUGUAUUAAAAUACAAAAACGCAGGAGCAUGUAGUUUCUGAUAAAACGAACUUUUGAGCGCAGCGCCUUUACGAACAGUUAUUUGAAGCCUGAAAAGUUAUUGUACUGACAAAGAAAGAAAUGUCCUAUUGCCUUUUCAUUCAAAAUGUUGCUUUUAAUGUAAGAAAGAACGCUUGUACCCUCGCUUUGAAUUUAACGUAUACGUUUUGGUCGCAUUUAUAGUAAUUCGUUAAACAAUAUAUAUAGGUACACGCUCAGUGUCUUGAUUGACAAGAAAUCAAUGUUACUACUUUUGCGCCUUGACGAUUCAAAAGUUGCAAUUAGACACAUAAUUCAACAAAUGUACAUUUAAGAGUGCUUUCGUUCCAAUGAAUUAUCUUGAGUACGUAUUAGAAAUGAUUUUCUAUUAUAAUACGUUCUAGUGAAAAAAGUAUAUAUAUAUAUAACACAAUAAAUUAUUUGAAAUAUA